UUGUUUGUGUAUCUGCCAUUAUUAAUCUGUGCCAUCAAGCUAUUAUUUCGCGCCAAUUUUACUUUUAUCAGCUUUUUAUUUUAUUUCAAUAAUAAGUUUAAUUUAAGGGGUUGUAUCACAUUAACUGAUCAAGUGAGUAUUUAACUUUACAUAGUACAUGAGUACAUUAUAUUUAUUUAAAGAAUUUUCAUGUCAUCAUACAUUUUUGGUCAACAUGUAAACGUGUGAUUUUUCAUAGUUAAUACACAGCUCAAACUAGUGUUUCCUUAUGAUUUAGUGACAUCAUUGUCCAUUUUUAAGUUAUACUGCCAUAAAUCUUGUAAAAACGCAUCUGUUGAUAAGUACAUACAUCUAAUUCCCUAGUUGCAGUUUCCUUAUGCUACCUACUAAAUACUUAUAAAAGUGUAAUGAAUUAUGGAGUUAAGCCCCUUUAUCUGAAUACUAUUCCUAUCUUUAAAUUAAUAAAAAGAUUUUUACACUAUCUUUAUAUUUUAUCUUGUAUAUUUUAGCUUUAGAUCAAAUAUAAUACAACCUACUCUAUGCUUCAGAAACUUUAGAUAUUAUACCUUACCUGGAGAUGAAUGUAACCUCAGAUUAAGAAACGUUUUUGUACCCACUUAGAAUUCAUUUUAUACUGGAAAAACUAAGGAUUCCUGUGAGGUUCAAACCUAAAUCCACACAGAGUUGCAAGUUCAGAUAGCUACUACCUAUUUUUAAACCUACCUAUCCAAUCAGAGCCAUCAACUCAUCACUGGUCACUACUGAGCACUAGUCUUCUCUCAGAAGGAUUUGGCUAUAGUCUACUAUGCUGGCCAAGUACACAUUAACAGACUUCACACACCUUUGAGAACAAUAUGGAGAACUCUCAGACAUGCACAUUUCCUCACAAGAUUUUCGUUCACUAUUAAAGCAAGUAAUAUUUGAUUGCUUAAAUUGCAAAUAACCUGCAAGCCUGGUAUCAAACCCCCUACCUCACUGAACUCCAUCAUCUUAACCACUAGGCUAUCACCACCAUUCAUUCAAUACAGAUACUGUUUGGUACUUAACAAAGUGUAUGUACAACACAGUAGUUGACAGUGAAGGACUCAAUUUUGCAUGGAUAUAAUUAAAGAUCGGGGAGUUUUGACACCAGAAAUCUAUCUCUCACUCGAUUCUGAUCUCCUAUUUCUCACUCAGAAAAAAUAAAGGUAUGCGAUAGCCCUCAAACGUUGGCACAGAGCUGUUUCUGUGGUCACGUGACCAAGUGUUCUCGGCCUGAUAAAACUUCCAGGUGUGGAGUAAUGGAGGCGGCUCCGGAUACCCCGCGGCGCACCCGCGCGGCCCUCGCCGAGAUCCCCGUGCGCCUUGAGCGCCUGCUCGUCACCCCGCUGCAACCCGUCACCAACACCCGGGAAGUUUCGCCCUCCCUGCCGCCGGGCUACCUCAGCCCCGCGCCCUCGCCGGACGAGUUUAUCAUACAACAGAGAGGACGCAAACGUCUCCCAACAACAUGGUCGCCAGAUAUAGAGACAAAACGUGAUGCAGCAAUUCAUUCAACGGUACGUACACCACCUAAAAGCCCCGGCCGAAGCUCUCCAAUCAAAGUAGGGGUGACAUUACGGUCCACGCCAAGAAAAAGCCUACUCGGUGAACGUAAAAGAAUACCCCUCACCCCAGAGAAGAUAGACUUUAGUGACAUAAGCACGCCUCCGAAGUUCAAAAUCAACAGCCCUGCCAAAGGUGCCGGCGGUGCACUGCCGAUCAAAAGAACGCGGCUCGACAAAACUUUCGAUAGAGAGUUUAAAGCACCUUUAGACAUCGCUUUAAAAGGCUUAAAUACGACACAACUCAUACACUUGAUAAAAAAAGUAAUCCAGAAACACCCAGAAAUGGAACAAGAGAUACUUCAAGAUAUGCCAGCGCCUGACUUAACACCGUGUGAAGAGAAACUGUCGUAUUUAACGUCAAAUAUCUUUAAAAGUCUUCCGACUUCACGUUUAGCAUCCAAGACUGAUUCUCGGGCGUAUUCCAGAGUUGCCAUACAUUUAAGUGAAUUUAAAAAGUGUCUUGUUAAACAAGGAAAGUUGCUUGUGGAAUCCCAGCAUUGGGAAUCAGUAAUGAAGUAUGUAUUCCUCGCUUGGAACUAUGUUCGGGCAACGCCUGUAUGGGAUAACCAACCUCAUAACGCUCAGCGAAAACAGUGCUUUAAAGCGCUUACUAACUUUUGUUUGACAGCCCUCAAAAAGGGAGAAUUCAGUACAGAUUUCUACAGCGAUGCUCAAGAAAAGCUCCACAAUAUGGAAGCAGACAGCGAGGAGAUCCAAACCUGUCUCAUAUAUGUUAAUAGACAACUGCUAGAAUAUUAGUUCAUUUUUUGAUAACUAAGGAUUUUUUAAUGUAAUAAUUUAAAACAUAAGUUUUUUUGAAUAAGUUCUUUUCAAAAAUGCGUAAAUUGGAAAAUGGUUUAGUUUACAAAUGUUAGGCCAAGAAAUAUUUUAUUUUAAUAAUGCAUGACUAAAUUAGUUAAUUUGUUUUCAUAUACAUUUUUAGAUAAUUUUGGAAUAGCUCAGUUAAAAU